AAUGCAAGACAUUCUGAAUAUCGUAACAAAAACUAAACAACGAAUACUUUUGUGAGUAAUUGCAUAUGCGCUCUUGUGAUAGUAGUCAGUCAAAAUUCGCGCACAUGUGCGCUCAUGAUGCAAAUGGGCUAUGUGUUUAAAUGUUAAAUGUUUUAUCACAAACUUUCAGAUUGUGGCUUGGAUGUAGAAAGCUUAUACCUGAUUAAAGAUGAAGACGUAAAUGAACUUUUUCCUCAAACAAUGCUUGGUAUAAUGAUUAAAUUCCGGGAAAGACUUUCGCAUUGGCGACAAAACGCAGCGCGUACUAUUUCAUCUUUAAGUUCGUGUAAAAGCGGCCAGAAUUGCAGUCAGGAUUCACAAAAUUAUACAAAAUUCACGCAAACAAACUUAGAUGUGCUUCUAAAUAGCACACCAAAAGGAAAUAGUAUACUUCAACAAUACAAAGAAAAAUUAUUUCUGUUAGAUGUUCACAGAGAAGCUUUAGUGAACAUUAUUUUGAACUACUUCAGCGAACGGUCUCUACUUAUCGCAAUGAAAGAUAUUGUGAAUUUUUCGGAGCAAAUAGUGGCCUUAUUUCCCACUGAAAACAUGAUCAGAAUGCAAUCACCAAAAAAUUGUGGCUUGCACACAAUAUGGAGCCCUGGAGUGAUGUAGUAAAAAACUGGAACGAAACAAUCGAAAUAAGACGGCAGGAUAUUUUCGAUGGAAAAGUAAAUAUUUUUGCUGAUUGGCCGCUCUUAAGCACACCCUUGGAUAUACAUUAGUUAGUAUUAUUAUACUAUCACCCCAUGAACCAAAAAUACAAGAUCACGUAAGAACGCGACGUUGUAUUUGUAACUGGUUU